UAGAGAUAAAAACGCGCAAAAUUUGUUGUCUCAUUAAACAAAAAUUUUGGAUUUAUAAGUAACAUAUUUAUUGGCUUGGUCCAUCUUAACUCAACAUCUCAAAAAAAAAAAAAAAAACAAGAACAAGAAACGCGUUUAUGUAUGAAUAACACAAUACGUUUUUAUAUAUUUUGUCGUCUACUUGUGUUAAGGGUUUUUUUCUAAAUAUGACACAAUAUUAUGAUAAAAACGUAAAUCGUGUUCUGGAGUUGCUGAACUAUCCGAUAUUAGAACGUUGCAAUGAAUUGAAAAUUCUAUUUAAUGAGUGUAAUAUCCACGAAUUGCAAGAUAUAUUUCCUAACGUAGUCCAGUCUGUUUUUGGUAUAGGAAAUCGCGGCAUUGGUUGGGGUUUAAGAACAACCACCAAAAAGAAUGCGCCACAGUUUUUUGAUACAUUAUUCGAAUUCUUCGCUCCUAUGGGACCAAUAUUUCAAAUAUGCUAUCGUUUGCUAAACGAUGCUAUAAAAUUUGAAAUAAAUUUAGAUCAAUUACCGCAUAAAAUAAACGAGAUGAUACAGACUGGCCAGUAUUCCAUAUUCUACGCAGAUCUGUUCAAUGUUGAUACUUUUCGUAGGCAAGUGAUAUCAUUGUCUCUGAACGCAUUCGAUUAUUACAUAUUGCAUUUUUGUAUAUACGCUACAUUUCCAUUGCAUAAAAUGUAUCCGGCAGCUCUACAAGUCCACAAUGAGCAUAUGAAGACUGUGUAUUUUUUCCUAACAGCUGAAUACUUAUGUAAUUUUUUACCUUGCCGGCCGGAUUCGGUUGUUAUGCCGCCGAAUAUAUGCCCCACUGUGAAAGCGCCGCAACCUAUGCCAAUACAACCGCUGCAACCAAAACGUUCACCAAAAUAUUUGAAAAUUCCUAGCGCUAGCGUUUACGAUGCGAGUAGCAGUAAUACACAAUUUAUACGUAACACAGUUUCACCAAGGGUGCAUGCUUGGCGAACAGAGUCUGUGCUACACUUCUUUAUUGAUACAUGGUUACGUUAUGACGUUGAUGAAACAAGGGAUUUACCCAGUAGUGAGUUUAUACGAGUGGUACGAAUUCUUAUUAAACAGACUCAUUCGUUUGCGAACUCGGCUUAUAUUGAUGAAACACCUAUGGUUACUUUACGUAAGCUUGCUCAACCUAUGAUGAGAGUACCAUUUUAUCCGUUCCUAAAAAGUACAAUGGGACGUUGGCCUUUGGAUAGCUCAUUUUCGGUGGUGUUGGAGUUAUGGUUGAGCUAUAUUCAGCCGUGGCGUUACGGCUUUGAUUGGCAGUUACAAAAAUCAAAUGAAAACAAUAUAGAAUUCUCAUCAGAUAAUCGAUACCAAACCUUCAUACUCGAUAAUCUGAUUAUCUAUACACAAAUAUUUGUGCAUAUAUUGCCCCGUUUUGAACGACUAGACUUCACUUCAUUGCCUAAUGUCAUUAUGUUGCACCGUUUGGUGAAGGUUAGUAAGGUGUUCAAUCAAACUGGAUUGCCAGCGAAAUUAUUACAAGCCGAGCAGUCUUUUGGAGGAAAUUAUUUAAAAUAUGAUUCUCCUCGAAAACAAAACACGUUUUUAUGUGCUGCUAAUUCUACGGGCUCCUACGAAUGGGACAAUCUACAUUAUGACGAUGGGUAUACACCUAUGUUCGGUGAUGCCAUGCAAAAUACGAUAACGAAAUUUCUCAAAACAAUAUGCAUAGCUCGGGAUCAAGUUAUAAAGGAAAUAAUUGCGAAGACGGAAGAAAAUGAGGAACGUUAUAAAUCAUUUGGUAUUUUUAAAAGGAUUUUUAAUAAAAUUUUUGAAGAAAUGUCGUGCGAUGUACAAAAAAUGAAAGAGUGUAAUAAAAUACCGGACAUACUGGAAUCGGCUAUGAACACCCUUGGCGGAAUGUUUAACGUAGAUGUUCCUGAUAUAUCAGGGGAAGAAAUCGAUACAUCGUCGCCAAAUUGUACUCAGGCUAACUUUUCUUUGUACGACGAUAGUAAUUACUUGGAUGUCUCACAUAUAUCGCCGUUUCAGAUGAUGAACAACUUAGCCAAUAUUAAGGCUUCAGUUGAUCCCGCUUUGCUACCCAUACAAACAUAUGAAUGCGCUUUUUUAGUACGUUUGCUGCAUCGUUUGUCUUGCAAAAUGAACGAAAAAUUUCAUCAAGAAAUAGAAGCGCUUUGGUAUCGAUCUGACAUAAAAGGAAAGCUGGCACGUCGAAUAUUUUAUGGUCCAAUGACGGCACAAUGGUUCGAUAAACCUUACGGUAAGCUGUAUAGCAAACCAUUCAAAAUUUCAAUGAUCACUUCUUUUGUGGGCUCAAUUUUUCCUCUAGGAGAAAGUGCUUUGUGCGAACAACAGUUACCACCCCGCUUAAGCCUGCGCUACUUUGCUUCUUACCAAUGCUUGUUUUUCGUGGCAAUAUUCUGUAUAAUUGGCUAUAUUAAGUGCCAUACCGUCAUUAUUGGUGUAAUUACAGCUAUAAUGGUUUUGUUGACCUUCUUAUAUAUGUGUUCUUUCUGAUAAUUGCUGUCUUGUGUUUAUUAAUCAUUUGGUUUGUAAUAAAAACACAGUAAAAGGUAAAUCAUUUACCUAUUUGUAGUUAUUAAUUAAACUACCUGUUUUAAGACGUAAUGACGUUCUAGCAGCGUUUUAUGGCACUCGUUUUCGGAUGGAAGGAAAAGUCAUAGAAUAAUAAUAUUUGAGUAAGUUAAUAAGCAUACGUUUAAGCACUAAAAAAAAUAACUUUCGCAAAAUAUUAAAAACUGGUAGCACCAGGGCCAUUCUCGAGAAACAUCUUUAAUUUAGAUGACAACUGAUGCCAAUUUGAGUUUAGAAGAAACGAAAACAUCAGACUACAGGGCCAUGCAUCCAGCAGCCAAAAGUCACACGCCAACAAGCGUUUAACGUCAAAAAUUUUCAUUUUUUAUUGGACUUUAACAAUACCAAUAGAUAAAUUAACUUUCUGGGAUUAGCGAGUAUAUGAAUAAAAAUUUCCAAUUUUCGUUUAAUAAUAAAUAAUCUUAAUCCAAGUUCCCUAACUACCUUUUUGACAUUCGCAAUUCAAGUCCGUUAGCGUCAAUUAAGAAUAUGUCUGCAUUGUCCUCGUGAUCGUGAAAUUAACAACCACAGAUGCAUAGACGGAUAAACAGGAAUGAAUCAACUUAAGAAUAUGCAUACUUUACCGCUUUAAUAGGAUGGACAUAUCUAAUGUUAAUUGAUCCUUCGAACGAUCGAUCGAUAUGAAAAAGAAAUACUAUAUAUGACUUGGACCUACUCAAUUGACAUCCAUAAUAUUUAUGAAGGCAGAUAAUUUCUGUUCAAUCUGCGUAAAUUUAAGAGGAUCAAUGAAAUGAAUGUUGAUAUGUAUUCACGCAUAUAUUUCACACAUAAAUUAUAUAUAUAUAUAUAUCUGCAUAUU